CCUCAUCUUUCCCUCUCCCAUCCCAUCAACUACUUAGAUCUACAAUGCUUCCCCCUUGCCCACCCCCUAGCACCACAAUGUGAACAAAGUCCCGCCUAACCAAUUCCUCACCAACAUAAAAUAAAGAAAAACAAAACCCAAAAUCCACAAAUGGACCGCCACAAAGCAGCAGUCUCCAAAAUCGCCUCGGCCGUCCGCGCCUUCUACGCCCGCAACGAGCCCUACCGCAUCUUCCACGGGAGCACCAACUCGACCCGCCCCCGCCCGGCCGCCAGCAGUAGUCAUGUGGUCGACAUCUCGGCGCUGCGCAACGUGCUCUUCGUCGACGCGGCCCGCCGCGUGGCGCUGGUGGAGCCCAACGUGCCGAUGGACCGGCUCGUCGAGGCGACCCUGCCGCACGGCCUGGUCCCGCCCGUGGUGAUGGAGUUCCCCGGCAUCACGGCCGGCGGCGGGUUCGCGGGCACCGCGGGCGAGAGCAGCUCGUUCCGGCACGGGUUUUUUGACGAGACGGUGAACCGGGUCGAGAUGGUGCUUGCUGACGGGACGGUCGUGGAGGAUGUGGCGCCCCACCACGAAGGGAAGGGGGAUUUGUUCCGCGGUGCCGCGGGCGCUGUCGGGACGCUGGGGCUGACUACGCUGCUGGAGGUCAGGCUGAUGCAGGCGAGGAAGUUUGUCGAGACUCGGUAUCGGCGGACCGGGAGUGUGGCCGAGGCGGUGGAGGCCGUCAGGGAGGAGGUGAGAAAGGGGGAGAAUGACUACGUCGAUGGGAUCCUGUUCGGCAAGGACCAUGGCGUGGUUGUCACGGGCAGGCUGACCGAUGAGAAGCCCGAGGGGGUGGCGCCGCAGACGUUUAGCGGGCCGUGGGAUCCGUGGUUCUACCUCCACGCGCGGGACAGGACGGCCGCGGUGGAGUCCGGGGCGGCGAAUGCUCCUGUGGACUACGUGCCGCUCGGCGAGUACCUGUUCCGGUAUGACCGGGGCGGAUUUUGGGUUGGCCAGGCGGCGUUUGAGUACUUCAAGUUCGUGCCGUUCACGAGGUUCUUCCGCUGGUUCCUCGACGACUUCCUGCACACGCGCAUGAUGUACCGCGCCCUGCACGGCUCGGGAGAGAGCGCGCGGUUUGUGGUGCAGGAUAUUGCCAUGCCGUUCGAGACGACCGAGCGGUUUGUCGACUACACCUCGUCGGAGCUCGACAUCUGGCCGCUGUGGCUGUGCCCGCUCAAGAGGCGCGCCCCGCCCACCUUCCACCCCUUCACCACGCUGCCGGCGGGCGUCGAGAAGAAGGAGGAGGACAUGAUGCUCAACGUCGGCGUCUGGGGCUGGGGCCCGUCCGACCCGGCCGAGUUUGUCAAGAAGAACCGCGAGCUGGAGCACAAGGUGCGCGAGCUGGGCGGCAUGAAGUGGCUGUACGCGCACACGUACUAUGCACAGGACGAGUUCUGGUCCAUGUACGGCGGCCGCAGGUGGUAUGACCAGCUGCGGCAGAAGUACAACGCCGGCACGCUGCCGAGCGUGUGGGACAAAGUCCAUGUCGAUCCCGAGGCGGCCAGCUCGAAGAAGAGGCACUGGCUGAAGAGGCAGCGGCCGCUGGGCGGGUUUUACGGUAUCUAUAAGAGCAUCCAAAGUAAGGAUUAUCUGCUUCAUCGGCAUGCCCAGUGGAAGUGGAAGCGGGAGUGAGACCCAGGGUCUUUACUUUUUCUCGUGUUCAAAUAAGAUUUGGCUGGCGAGAAGGACAGACUAUAUACCUAAUCACCAUACCUUACUCUAGAUGUACAAUACAUAGAAUAAAAGAACAGGUCAGUUGUGGAUUAGCAGAGUUCCAAGGUAUUAUUGUACCUGCAGUAGUCGCCUGCUGGACGGGAA